AUGCAUUCCUCUCUCAUCGAUGCUAGCAUCGUGUCCCUCCUUACCACCCGCCUCCUCAACCACCAUCACCAUCAUUCGUCCGCAACCAAGGCUAAGGAGGACAUUGUUACUGAUCUCCUUAACCUCUUCAUCUCUACCCAUGAGGUGCUCAUGUGCACCCCGAGCAUCCUCGACUCCCUCAAUGUCGCCCUCGACCUCCUCUCCCCCGUCGUCGCCCAACACGGCGUCGUAACCCUUUACAGCCUCCUUUCCAUCGAAGCAUACCGCUCCAUCAUUGGGUCAAAGAAGCCACUCGUCAUCGCCCUUAUGGACCUCCUUGGCACCCCUCCUAGCACACCAACUAGGUCCAUCAAGGAUGUGCUUAAGGCCCUCUUCAGCUUGACCCUCUACCUUCUCAACAGCAUUGCCCUUAUUGAGCUGGGCAUCAUGUCGCCCCUCUUCCUGGUGGUGAAGGAUAGGUGGAGGGUGGUAGUGGAGGAUGCGAUGGUGGUAAUCGCCUGGGUGACAGGAUGCGAUGAUAGCAUAAAGUCAUUCCGAAGGGUGGACAACAUUAGUGUCCUAGUAGAUCUAGUGGUUGGGGGGAGUAGAAGGGCGAGGGAAAACGUUGCAGUUACACUACUGAACCUAGUAAAGAGCGAUGGAAACAAGACGGUGGGGGAUGUCAAGGAGGUGAACGGGGCAAAGGCAGCCAUGAGAGCUUUGGUCAGUGGCAACAGCAGGGUGAGCAUGAGGGGGAAGAGUAAGGCAGAGGUGUUAUCGAGGGUUCUAGAGAGUGGGUGGGGGAGUCAACUCUAG